AUGAGCAGGUGCUUGCAACCCGGCCGCAUCCUGCCAUUUGGUCGUCGGUCAGCUAUCCUACGCCUUUCGUACAUCCCCCGCCGGUCCAUCGCUCCUUUUUCUCGGCCGUCAUGGAGCAGAUACAUCCAGGAGCGGAGCAAGCAGAACAAAGAGAUCAAUCACCCCGAAGAGAUCGAUUUCAUGCGAACUUAUGACGAUAUUGCACACCCAUCAUUGAAGAAAGGCGAAAAGAGACACAUCGAAAACUGGAUUCCGCUGCUUGAGCAAUAUGUUUCGACACAAGUUCCCAAGCCUGCUGGUCAGUCUGGGAAGCUUCCGCCUAUCAGUGACCAUGAACCCUACAUUGAGCAAACACAUGCGCUCAUGGGAGCUUUAUGGGAUGCAAGAGCUCAUUACCAAUAUGAACUUCUUGUGCACCUUGGGUCCAACAUGAAACAGUGGUCUACUGUUCACGCCAUCUUGAACCGCAUGAUCGAUACAUACGAAUUGAUGGCUCCUCAUAUGGUACCUCGGCAUCCCGCUCCUUUUUUCGAUUGGGCAAAACCACUUCCUGGAAUCCGCGAUUGGGACCGGGUCGACCGAGAUGACCCUACCACCUUGGAAAUUCCCGUUGAUCAAAACGCCACUCUCAGCAAACUCUCCCAAGGAACACGCGAACGAUCCCGGUUCAAAUGGUGUCGGGUCAAAUCUCUUCCAGCGGGCAACCUGUCACUUGAUGAAAUGACAGUGGAACCAAAGGCGACCCUCUUCGGCGAAAAGAUCCUAGCUGAAGUACUCACCAACCUCGGUUCUUUGGUGUUAGCGGCUGCAGAUAGCACGCCUGAAGAAUCCAAGCUUGCAAUGUCCUGCGUUUACCGGAUUCUUGCACGCCUACACCAUGCAGGUUUGAUCUCUGACAGAGUAUACAAAUAUCCAACACCAGAUGCUAGCCAGGUUGCGUUUCGUCCACCCGGCCUCCACUACUUGUCAAGUUCUAUCAUGAGUGUUCUGACUGACGCAGCAUGGCAUGAACACGAAGCUCAAGUUGCUGCAGCGGCUGCAGAUACCGGGGAGAAAUCGCCGUUUUUGCCUUUCAAGAUGAGCAUUCGAGAGUUGGGACCUGAGAUUUGGCUAGAGCUCAUUCUUUGGUGCUGUGUGGAGCACGGACAUUCUAAAGAGGGAGCUUUACUUGUGAAUCGAAUGGUUAAGAAAUCGGGGGACCAAGCAUGGAAGGCCGAGAGCUGGGUACCCUUAUUGAAGAACCUCGAUGCAGUUCAACAGACCAAUAUCAGCGUCGAGCAGUCCUGGCGUCGACCUGAUCAGGAUAGCGCGCCUCAAAUCUAUAAAAGUCGUCAAAAGCCACCAUUCAAUGGACUUGGGAAACGUACCAUUAGCACUGAGGUGCUUGUUUCGUUGCGGAAUGGCUUGGCAAACCGGGCUUAUCAAGGGCUUGGAGAGAAUGGAUAUCUGCCCAAGGAGCUCGACAAACUAUCAGCUCCUCUGACAUCACUAAUCGAGCCUCCUAGCGCGAUCGAUGACCUUAGACCAACCAACAUGGUCAGCAAUUGGCGCAUUAUACGGAUUAUGGAAGCAGGAUGUUUCUACCCGUGGACCGACCCUGUUGCUUUUGAAGAACUCCUACGGUCCAAUAACAAUGUGGUUCCACCGUGGGCAAAUGAUGCGUCAGACGAAGCACAACGAGCAGAAGAGAAAACACCGUCACAAUUCUAUGAUGAAACGGCUGCUAUGGUUGGCCUGAUCGAAUUCAAUCUUAAUUGUUAUGCUCGAGACCGACAAAGCGGUCGCCUAUUUCACGAAUAUGCUUGGCUUCAAAACAUCAUUGACGCAAGCAAGACACGCCACAUCGAAGCUUUCUUUGAAGAACUUGGCCAAUCCAACAGCAACGAUGAAUACCCAUUCUUUGAUUCUGCAAGCACAGUUCCUCAAACUUUUUAUGAAACGCCCGUCCCGCAAAUAUCAAAGGUCACCCUGGCCAACAUUCUGGAUCUGGUUACAACAACGGGCGCCUUUGAAUUUGGCAAUCAAUUGAUUCAGCCCACUGAGAUUGAUGGACCUUCCAUUCCACGCGGUCUAUAUCAAGACCAAGCUGUGGCCCCCUCUCUUCUACGAUUCGCAGCUGCCUCGAAUAAUGCCGAGCUUGCUACUGACGUUAUCCAAGCCCUCAAGACACCACUCUCUGUCAACACCGUCAAAGCUUUAAUCAACUUCCACAUCUCACGUCAUAAUUGGGACCGUGUAAUACUAAUGCUUACAUUCAUGACCGAUUAUCAUUUGAAGUCUUGGGCUUACAGCAAUAUAAUUGCGCUCUCAGCGGAGAUCAUUCGACUUGAUGGAGUCGUCGAGCAAAAGAGGCAGGAUGGCACUUUUACACCGGCAGACACAAAACACUUGGACCGCGCCACAGACCUCUUCCUUCGCAUUUUCAGCGGCGAAUUUAAGGUCAACAAACGUGAAGUGCAAGGCAGAUCUCUCCAUUCGGUAGGCUACCAGGAUCGGGUGCUCUAUCGCAUGCACUGUGUCUUGUCAACCAUCCCGGGAAUCUUGCCGCGCAUUCUCAAGGACGUGAAAAAGCACCCAAGCAUCAUUACCGCCAUGAAAAUUGAGAUGAUCCCCCCGUCAUCCUUCCACGUUCUCUUCGCUGCCAUCGUGGACAGACACGGUGCCGUCUUCGGAAAGAAGUUCUGGGACCAGUGGUGUGUCGACUGGGUCUCACCGAAAAGACGUCUUCAACGUCCAGGCGGUGUCUCCCGACUACUCUAUAGCCACGAGCGAAACCAAAAGCACGGUGAUCCGAACUUUGACCCAGCCUGGCAACGUCAGAUCAAAACCCACGCCACAGUCGCAGACAUGACAACCGUCCGGAUCCUGGCACGAGCAGCCGUCAGAGAAUACGCAGAAGAAUCACAUUCACAUUCCCACCGAGGCACACAACAAAAACACCCAACUAUCCCCCCACCCAACACCUCCCAAUACGAGGAUCCAGUCGAAGACAACAUAACCCAAAUCUUCGACCGUUCAAUGACCUACAAACCAACCCCACCCCCCUACAAACCAAGCCACAUCCAAACCGAAAGUCAAAACCCCCACGGGAAACCCCCAUCCUCAGAACUUGAAUCCGUCCUUGAUCACUGUCUAAGAUCCUUCCUCCUCUACGGUCUCCCAGAAGACCAACUCGAUAUCGAGAUCCCGGGCCACCUGCGCCGCAUGCAGAAACGUCGUCUUAUGGCUUCAGCUACGGGCAAUAAUGUCCGGAGCAGAGUCAAGAAGAACUUUGAGGAUCCCUGGAUGCAAUCGUCUUGGCCUUUGCAUUUGGCUAAUGAUGUCCCUGAGUCAAAAGAGGCUCGAAAGUCUCAUGAACCUUGA